UCGGGGGGCGGGGCGGGCGCCUUCCCAGAAUGCCCCGCCGGAGCAUUUGAGCCCCAUCUUGGGCGAGGGGAGCCGCAGUCGGAGCCGCGUUCCUGGCGCCGGGCGCAGCGCAGCGCAGCGCCGUCGCCCGCGCCCGCCCCCGCCGCGCCAGGGCCGCGCUCGCCGCCGCCACCACCACCCGGGGCCCCGCGCCCGCCCGCCGCCCGCGGGCCGGUUCCGAGCAGGAUGCGCCUGGCGCUGGUCUCCAGGUAGAGCGCGCAGACAGGGCGGGGAGGCGGCGGCCGCCUCGCCCGGCGCCGCAGGGCCGCUCCCGGGGCUCGGGGCGGGAGGCCGCGGCGGGGAGGAGGCCGCGUCCCGGCCCGGGAGGAAGAGGAGGAGCGCCGCCGCCCCCCGCGCGGGCGGCCCAGAGCGGGGCCGAGCCCCAGCAGGAAGCCGGAGGAUGUGCGGCGGCGCCGGGGGCCCGGCCCGUGCGCCGUGACAGCCGCGCCGCCCCCGGCCGGCGCCGCGCGCGCCUCCGCCCGGCCGGCGCAGCCCCUCCCCGCGCGGGAACCAUGUCCAAGAUGCCGGCCAAGAAGAAGAGCUGCUUCCAGAUCACCAGCGUGACCACGGCCCAGGUGGCCAGCAGCAUCACCGAGGACACCGAGAGCCUGGACGACCCGGACGAGUCCCGCACGGAGGACGUGUCUUCCGAGAUCUUCGACGUGUCCCGAGCCACCGACUACGGCCCCGAGGACGUCUGCGAGCGGAGCUCCUCCGAGGAGACUCUCAACAAUGUGGGCGAGGCCGAGACGCCCGGCACCGUCUCCCCCAACCUCCUUCUGGACGGGCAGCUGGCCGCGGCUGCCGGCGGGGGGGCUGCGGCGCUGCCGGCCCCGGCCCCCAAUGGGGGGGCCGUGCCCAAGAGCUCUGCCGUGCCCCCAGCGGCUGCUGCCUCCGGCACCGCCGUGGCAGGCGGCGGCAGUGCUCAGACCGCCCUGCCCUCCGCAGGGGCUUCUGCGUCCGCCGCUCCUGGGACAGCGUCUCAGACGGCGGCCGCUGCGUGCAGCUCACGCUUCAGGGUGAUCAAGCUGGACCAUGGUACCGGGGAGCCCUACAGGCGAGGACGAUGGACGUGUAUGGAGUAUUAUGACCGGGACUCGGAUGGUGGAGGUGUCCUGGGCAGGACUGGAGAUUGCAUUAGACACAGCAGCACCUUUGAGCAGGCCGCUCAAGAGAGGGACAGUGGCCUUGGUGCCACAGGAGGCUCUGUCGUGGUCUCGGCUGUGCCGGCGUCGGCCCAUGGCCCCGAUUCUAUAGCUGACAGUUCCCUUACUGCUGUGUCACAGCUCCUCCAGACAGAGAAAAUGAACCAGCCCUCUCUGCAGCAACCUAAUUUUGUCAUUGGGCAACAACAACAACAGCCACAACAACCCAUAGGCGGGGCCAUGCCUCAAAGUACCGCUCAGCCUGUGUUUUCUGGGACUCCGGUAGCAAGUCAGCAAAUGAUGGUGCCGCAGCAAUCGCAGCCGCAGGUAAAUGCACCGAGCGUGGUUCAGGCUGGACCCAAUGGGAAAGGCAUGGCGCCUCCGAGUGUGACGAUGGGCCAGCCGAGUCUUCCUGGGGCGCAGCAGCAGGUGCAGCAAGCAACCGUGCCCGUGACUCAGCCUCAACAAUUUGCUUAUUCUCAGUCCCAAAUUCCGCCGGUGCAUCUACUGCCGACGCAGCCUUCUGGUCAGACCGACUACAUGCAGCACGUGACAAUUAUGCAGUCUCAAGGAGCUCUUCAGCAGGCUACUGCAGGCUCUGUUCCAAGUACUGUGGCUUCCAGCCUCUCUGUGGGACAGGUGACCGGCCAGAAUCCCUCACCUGUGGGAGCACCGAUGAUGGGGGUGUCGGCACCGGCUGGCGAAGCAGCGGGGCAGGGAUCAGGAGUAAUGCAGAGUGGCCAGACGCCGUCCAGCCAGGCUGCCGGUCCGCAGCCCGGAGGUGUGGUGCAGCAAGGCAUUGGACAUACAGGGGUUGUGCAACAGAAACCUGUGACUCAGCAUCAAAUAGCUGGCAGCGGUCAAGUGUCUGGGAUGCCCAGUGCUCCCCACACCAUGGUUUCUGGAGUCCAGAACGUGCCUGCGGUUGUGCCCGGUACAAGUGUGCCUAGCGUGUCUACCACUUCUGUUACUAUGCCAAACGUCCCUGUUACUCUGGUCCAGUCGCAGCUGACUAGCCACACUUCUGUCAGUAGAAGUCCCAGCGUCGUCCAGCAGCAGCACGUCGGGCACUCGUUAAUACAAGGCACACCUAAUGUACCUGCGAAUCUGCCACAAUCGAACCUUGCACAGUUUCAGACUCCAGCUCAAUCCUUAGUAGGCCAGAUCGACGAUACCAGAAGAAAAUCGGAACCCCUACCUCAGCCACCGCUUUCUGUAAUAGCUGAAAAUAAGCCUCUUGUGAAGCCUCCUGUUCCAGACACUCUAACAAAUCCUCUUCAGUUACCUGCAAGUACUCCUAUGAACAGUCUUGCCAGCUCUGUCUUUGGCAUAUCUAUUCCUGUUGAUGGUGAUGAAGACAGGAAUCCGUCAACCGCAUUCUACCAAGCGUUCCAUUUCCACAAGUUACGUGAGUCAAAGACCUUCUGGGAUAGUGCGUCUGGUGCAAGUGUUGUUGCCAUUGACAACAAAAUAGAACAGGCAAUGGAUCUAGUAAAAAGCCAUUUGAUGUAUGCAGUAAGAGAAGAAGUGGAAGUCCUGAAGGAACAAAUAAAAGAAUUAGUUGAAAGAAACUCUUUACUUGAACGAGAAAAUGCACUGUUAAAAUCUCUUUCAAACAGUGAUCAGUUAUCCCAGCUCUCAACCCAACAGGCCAAUCCUGGUAGCACUUCGCAGGCGCAAGCAGUGAUAGCACAGCCUCCGCAGCCAACGCAACCUCCGCAGCAGCCGAAUGUCUCCUCAGCAUAGAGCUUUUCUGCCUCAUUUAAAAAAACGAAACAAAACCUGAGAGCAGUCUGUCCUUGUGUGCCACUGGUGUUCCUUCCACUCUAUAUGAAAGCAAGUAGCCGUGCUUCUGUCGUGUGUUUGGCCUUUUCAGUAUUAGACAAUCAUCCGCGAGAGCUUUCCCCGCUGGCGUGCCGCGCGGUGCGGUGGGUGUCCGUGCGUCGGCCGCGCGCGGGGGGACGGUGGCAGGAGCGAGUAGUGCAGAGAGCGCGUUCGCUUGGUGCGCAGGAGCCGGGUCUGUAAGAGCUUCGGUGGCUCCCCGGGGUUCCCGUUACCCGAGGAUUACUUUGAGCCUUGCUAUCUCCUAAGAAGUAACAAUUCAUCUUAAGAGCCACUGUUCUUUCGAUAUAAGAAACAUUUGCCUACAUUAGUUUCAUUUAUUUGUUUUAUUUAUUACAGGGCUGCUAUUUUCAUAAUGUACAUGAACAAUGUCACAGAACUUUUUUAAUUUUUUUAAUAAAUGUAUGUAUCAGUAAAAUGAUAGACGGGAUUGCGUUUAAUAGAUAAAAUGUUUAGGCAAUAAUUGAACAAAAGAAUCCUGGCAUAUUUCUAACACUAAUGGCAAUUUACCUUUGGUAUUUAUUUACGGUAGUAAAGAUCCAGCUUGAAUGUAAAUUUUGUAUAGAGUGUAAGUAUGAAGACCAUAGUGCAUCUGUACAGGUAGUCACCAGUUAUUGUGAUAUAAUAAAUAAUUGAUGGGCUAUUUUGAUGAAGAAAACUUUGCUCAUUUCUGUUUCUACUUUCUAAUAGAGAGAAAUUGCCAUGAUUCCUCUGCUUUUUGACAUUUCGUAUAAUUUUUUUUUUUUUUGGGUGGGAAUAAAAAGCUGUGAAAUUGUUCAACCUACUUUGUAACCAAAGAAGCAAAGCUGUGUAAUUGAGUUUUUUUUAUUUUAUAAUGCACAUUCUUUAUGUAUUUUUAUUUAGUGUUUUCUCAUUCACAACUUUCUUUGCUGUCUAGCAUGAUCUGCAUGACCUAUAAUCUUUGAACCACUUUCGUACCUCAUGUUUUUAUCCAGCACUCUUAUUGUAAUAUGUAAUAGUCUGUGAACAAUGUCAAAUAAAAAAGAAAGAACAGCUGGUGUUGGUGGAGUUGAGCUAGUGUGCUAUGCACUAGUUGUUUAAAAAAAAAAAUGAAGUGAGCCAUCUUUUGUUCAUUUAAAAUGGUGUUUUGAAUUUCGUAUGCAGAAAACGUUUUGUUACAUUGCAAAUUUUAAUGUAUUUAAUAAAUGCAACAUGCAGAUUAAGUGCAGUGUAUACUGAGUAUUUAAAUUAAAAUGUACAUUUCAUAAAUACAGUUUCAAGAGACCAUCAUUUGUGUAAACUAACGCAGUGUGUCAAAUCGAUGUAUAAAUAUAUAUUUUAACACGUUUUCUGAAAUUAAAUUGCAGUUUUGUUGAA